AUGGAGCCAGAGAGAAACAAAAAUAACAGUGUAGAGGCUGCGAGUGAGAUUGACGAUCAUAAUACCAGAUCUGCCCCCACUACGAAACUUACCAAAGAAGUUUUAGAGAAGAUUGCUUCGGAUUCUGAUUCUGUUAAUUUUAACGCAAAUAGUUAUUCAAGGAAAUCGAAAUCAGGGAGUCCCUCAAAGGUUGGUACAUUAGAAUACGACGAUAACAGUACCAGUGGAUUAUCUAAGGUCACUUCUCCAGAACAUCCAAACUCAGUCUCUCUAUCGGACAUAUACAUCUCAUCAGACGCUGAGACCGAAAAGAUGGAUUUAGAAGAGGACGAAUCACGUGUCAAACUAUCGGAAAUGGCAUCCAAUUCGAUUGAAAGUAACGGUAAUGACAAAAGUAAACAAAAUGAUGAUAAUCUUUCGAAGACUGUAAAACAAGAGUACAUCAAUAAUGGUGUCGGUAGUUAUAUUCAAGAAUCUGCCCCUAAACUUGCUACUCCUUCAAAAGAUGAGGGACCAAUCGUUCAGCAAGAUAAACCAGCCGAAACAGAACCUGAACCAGUACCGUAUGAAGAUGACGCUGUUGCUGAUACAGAUCAUACAACAGAGCCAAAUAAACUUGCACUAAGCCAAAACCAGGACGAAGUAUCUGUACCUGCCGAAGGAGGCAGUCAAGAAGAAACAAUUGCAAACGAUGAACAAGAACAGCAUGCUCCGGUAGUAGAGGAGCAGGCGAAUGAUAACGAGAUCAAAUCGCAAGAAGAAUCAGAAGUGUCUUUAAAGCAUAACCGUGAAGAAGAGCAACAGUCCCUAGAGAACGGCUCGGAGCAUGUCAAGUCUGAACAGGUGUUCAAGAAACCGAAAUUACCUACUGAGUCAAAAUCAGGUCACUAUGAAGACGAGCAUGAAACGCAUGAAAACGGAGAUCAUGAUGUUGAUAUCGACGCGGAUGCAGAAGCUGAGGAUGAUGGUACUCUAGAAAGUGAGGUUGAGGACAAUAAUGAGGAUGAAGAGGAAGAAUUAGAACCCGAAAUGGACGCAGUAGAAGAAGAUAAUGAUGAGAAACAACAGACAGAUACACCUGGCGUCGAUUCUACCGAUAAUGGACUAUCGCCCAUGGAGAAGGAAAGGAUAAGACAAGACGCUUUGGCAGAACUAACAAAUAUUGAAGUCGAAUUUGCUCAAUUGCGACAGAGUCUAUAUGAAAACAAGCUGAGCAAAUUACAGAAUGAGCUACAGAUGUGUCUAGAUGGAUCACAUCCUCAACUACAGACUUAUUAUCAGAAGAUUGCUUCGAUACGGGACUUUAAGCUAAAGAGAAUGUACCAAAGGCAAAAGUAUGAGCUGGAGUGCAUAGAUACCGAAACUAGGGCGACAAGAACGUUUAUUCAUCAAGAUUUCUACAGAAAGGUCUCAGAUUUGAAACAUAAGUUAUUAGGAAACACAACCCAGAAGUGGUAUGACAUCAAUAAAGAGAGACGUGAAAUGGACGUUGUUGUACCUGAAGUAAAUUAUCACGUUCCAAUAAAAAUUUCAAAUAAAUCUUUGAGUUGUAUAACCGGAUACGCAGCUCCUGCCAAUCUGAGACGUCCAGGCGACUUGUUAUCAGAAGAUUUAUUAUGUGAAAAUAUCAAUUUCAGAUAUCAUAACAACCCUGUCGAUAAGUUAGAAGUCAUUGUAGACAGAAUGAGGUUUAAUAAUGAAUUGAGCGACUUAGAUGGUAUAAGGAAAUUCUAUGGAGGAUUCCCAGGUGCUCCUGAACUUGGUGGUUUAAAAGAUUCUGAAAUUCAUGAGGAUCUUGCAGGAAUACAGCAUCAACAAUAG